GAGCGCACGAAGUUGGCCAUGGCAUGUUGCCAUCCCGCGCAUCAAGAUCGAGGAGACCAGAGGUCUGGACGGCCGGGACAGCUUCGUCGUCUCACCGGCGGCACCCGGUGCCAACGUUCUUGGCUUUCAUGGGAUCCUGUGGAUCUGCACUUUGCCUCGAGCAAAG